AUGGAGCACUGUUUCAGUGGCAAAGUGUGCCUCAUCACGGGUGCGGCAUCUGGCAUUGGACGGGCGACCGCCGCGAGACUGAGUUCCCUCGGUGCCGCAGUCGCUCUGCAGGACAUUGAUGCCCACCGUCUCGAAGAGACAGCAAAGUUGUGCACAUCUGGUACGGCUACUUCCUCGCGAGCAUUCGAUGUGGGUUCAUCGGGCGCAUGCGACGAGUUCGCGACAGCUACCAAGCGCCACUUCGGACGACUCGAUUACGUCUUCAACUGCGCUGGAGUCAAUCCAACGGCAUACGCUUUGACGGAUACGACCGACGAAUACUACGACAAGCUCAUGAAUACCAAUCUGCGUGGAACGUACAACAUCACGCGCGCAGUGAUCCCACACAUGCAGGCCGGCGGUUCGAUCGUGAACACUAGCUCAAUCAUGGGCCUAACAGCCUCUGCCAACAUGGCAAUAUAUUGCGCUUCCAAAUUUGCUAUCGUUGGUUUCACGAAAGCCAUGGCGAUGGAGCUCGGGCCUAAGCAGAUUCGGGUGAACGCAAUUGCCCCCGGCUACAUCGACACACCUACGAAUGCUAGCGUUGUCGCUGGACCGGACGAAGUCGCUGCAACAGAGAAGAAGAUUGCUAUGGGCCGCUUUGGGACGCCCGAAGAGGUUGCAGACGUCGUAGCCUUUCUCUUCAGCGAUGAAAGUCGAUACAUGAGUGGCAGCAUUGUCGAGAUCACUGGGGGCCGCUGA